AAUGUCUGUAUUCGUUGAUCGAGCAGUCAUUUUUGGGCUACUGAACCUGAAGGCAUAUAUCCAUGUCAUGUGGACGCGUGUUAAACAAGCUCCUUCUUCAAAGCUUAAACCGACAAUUGGAUGGAUGGUGGAAUUGAUUGACUUAUCAUAUCCUUGAAAAGCUUGAAGCUUGAAAGGCGGGUACACAUUUAUUUAUUAUUCCACCCUCUUCACUCUUCACUUCCCACUCCGCUACCAUCCAUGGAGAAUCAACCACACACAACAGCACCGCUACCUCCUCUGGUUUUUGCAGUCAAUCAACACAGGUUUGAGCUCUCCACUGUCCACCCUUCCACUACUCUCCUCCACUUCCUGCGCCACCAUACUUCUUUCAAGAGCGUCAAGCUUGGCUGUGGUGAAGGCGGCUGCGGUGCUUGUAUUGUUCUAUUGUCCAAGUACGAUCCUGUGUUAGACAAGGUCGAACAUUUUACGGUAAGUUCAUGCCUCACGUUGCUUUGUAGUAUACAUGGCUGUUCCAUUACAACCAGUGAAGGUAUCGGAAAUUGCAAGGAUGGUUUCCACACAAUUCAUCAGAGGUUUGCUGGCUUCCAUGCUUCUCAGUGCGGCUUUUGUACCCCUGGAAUGUGUGUUUCACUUUUUGCUGCUCUUGUCAAUGCUGAAAACACCAAUCGACCCCAACCAUUAUCAGGAUUCUCCAAGCUUACUAUUUCUGAAGCUGAAAAGGCUAUUUCCGGAAACCUCUGUCGCUGUACAGGUUAUAGGCCGAUUGCUGAUGCCUGUAAGAGUUUUGCUUCCAAUGUUGACAUGGAGGAUUUGGGGUUAAACUCGUUCUGGCAAAAGGGAUGCAGCGAGGAAGAGAAAUUGAGUAAAUUGCCACUUUAUGAUCCAAAUAAUGACCCCUGCUUAUUUCCUGAAUUUUUAAAAAAGGAAAUUAGGUCUAUCCCUGUUGUGGACUCUAAGGGAUGUUCUUGGUUCAAUCCCGUUAGUAUCGAGGAUCUAAAUGGAUUAUUGGAAUGCUAUGAGUCUAGUAACAUAAGCAAAACGAAGUUAGUUGUUGGCAACACAGAAGUCGGAUAUUACAAAGAAUUUGAACAAGUAGAUAGAUACAUUAAUCUUAAACACAUACCUGAGCUGUCAGUUAUCAAGAUUGAUUCAACAGGAACAGAGAUUGGUGCAACCGUCACAAUUGCAAAAGCUAUUGAGGCUUUGAAACAUAAUAAACCCUCCUCACCAGGAGAGCUGGUGUUCAAUAAAAUAUCAGGCCACAUGGAGAAAAUUGCUUCCAGGUUUGUUCGAGAUACUGCUAGCAUUGGGGGGAAUCUGAUGAUGGCACAAAGAAAACAGUUUCCUUCAGAUAUUGCCACAAUACUACUUGCUGCAGGUUCCAUGAUAAGUAUAUUAACUGGUUCUAGCCAAGAAAUGGUUACGUUGGAUGAGUUUCUUAAGAGACCUCCCUUGGAUCCAAAAUGUAUACUUUCAAGUGUUAAGAUCCCAAAUUGGGAUUCAGCUGGAGAUAUUUAUCCAAAUGAUGCUACUGUAAUGUUUGAUUCUUUUAGAGCUUCACCUCGACCCCUUGGAAAUGCGCUGCCUUACCUAAAUGCCGCUUUCUUAGCGGUAAUCUCUCCGUGUAAAAGUUCCAACGGGUUUAUAUUAAAUAGCUGUCACCUGGCUUUUGGAGCUUAUGGGACUAAACAUGCAAUUAGAGCAAGAAAGACAGAAGAAUUUCUAGCUGGAAAAAUUAUUGAUUAUAAUGUCAUAUAUGAAGCUGUCUCGUUGAUCGGAGCCACCAUAGUUCCUGAAAAGGGCACUUCAUCUCCUGCUUAUAGGACAAGUUUAGCAGUUGGCUUUCUUUUUCAGUUCUUAAGCUCCUUGGUUGAUGGAAAUGCUGAAAUUAAGAGUGAUUACCUAAAUGGAUGCAGAAAGGCCUCAUUUGCUUAUAAUAAAGCUGCAACUCUACUAUCAUCUGGACGGCAGACACUCCAAUUAAAUUCAGAAUAUCAUCCAGUUGGAAAUGCCAUUAUAAAAUCCGGAGCUGCUCUACAAGCUUCAGGUGAGGCUGUCUAUGUGGAUGAUAUUCCUUCACCAACAAAUUGCCUAUAUGGAGCAUUCAUAUAUAGCACAAGGCCUUUGGCAUGGAUGAAGGGAUUUACUUUUUCUCCCAAAUCACAACCAGAUGGAGUUAUCGCUGUUAUUUCCACCAGAGAUAUUCCUGUGGGUGGACAUAACGUUGGAGCUAGAACCAUGUUUGGUGAUGAACUUCUAUUUGCAGAUAAGUUGACCGAGUGUGCUGGUCAGCCACUUGCUUUUGUGGUUGCAGAUACACAGAAACAUGCAGAUACGGCUGCAGACUUUGCAGUAGUGGAAUAUGACACAGAUAAUCUGGAAGCACCUAUUCUUUCUGUAGAAAAUGCUCUUGAAAGGUCAAGCUUCUUUGAGGUCCCUUCAUUUCUAUGUCCUAAACAGGUUGGUGAUAUAUCAAAAGGAAUGGCUGAAGCAGAUCACCAUAUUAAGGCUGCUCAGAUCAGACUUGGGUCACAGUAUUAUUUUUAUAUGGAGACACAUUCUGCACUUGCGAUUCCAGAUGAAGAUAACUGCAUGGUAGUCUACAGUUCAAGUCAAUGGCCUGCUAAUGCGCAUUCUGUUAUUGCAAAAUGUCUUGGUGUUCCUGAACAUAAUAUCCGUGUAAUUACAAGGAGGGUUGGAGGAGGCUUUGGUGGAAAGGCCAUAAAAUCUAUGGUUGUUGCAACGGCAUGUGCACUUGCAGCUCACAAGUUACGCCGUCCAGUCAGGAUUUAUCUUAAUCGGAAGACUGACAUGAUAAUGGCAGGAGGGAGGCAUCCAAUGAAAAUUACUUACAAUGUGGGGUUCAAAUCUAAUGGUAAAAUUACAGCGUUGGAAUUAGAAAUAUUGGUUGAUGCAGGGAUGAGCUGUGAUAUUAGUCCAGUUAUGCCACACAACAUUGUUAAUGCACUUAAGAAGUAUGAUUGGGGUGCUUUAUCUUUUGAUAUAAAAGUAUGCAAAACAAACCACUCAAGCAAAUCUGCAAUGCGAGCCCCUGGUGAGGUGCAAGGAUCAUUUAUUGCUGAGGCAGUAAUUGAACAUGUAGCAUCUACCCUUUGCAUGGACGUGGAUACUAUCCGGAAAGUAAAUCUGCAUACAUUUGACAGCCUCAACAUAUUCUACAAGGAUGCAGGUGAACCUCAAGAGUACACAUUACCUUCAAUUUGGGAUAGGUUAGCCGCAUCUUCAAGCUUAAAACAAAGGACUGAAAUGGUAGAUGAAUUUAAUAGCUGCAAUAGAUGGAAAAAAAGAGGUCUUUCUCGAAUUCCUAUUACGCAUGAGGUAAUGUUGAGACCAACCCCAGGGAGAGUGAGCAUUCUAACUGAUGCUUCUGUUGUUGUGGAAGUUGGAGGUAUUGAACUUGGCCAGGGGCUGUGGACAAAGGUGAGACAGAUGGUUGCAUAUGCCCUCAGCUCAAUUGACUGUGAUGGAACUGGCGACCUCUUGGAAAAGGUGAGAGUGGUCCAAUCCGAUACCAUUGGCUUAAUCCAAGGAGGGUGUACGGCUGGGAGUACUACCUCAGAGUCAAGCUGUGAAGCAGUUAGACUUUGUUGCAAUAUAUUGGUAGAGAGACUAACACCUCUCAAAAAAAGGCUGGAGGAGAAAAUGGGUUCAGUCAAAUGGGAUGUGCUUAUAAGUCAGGCAAACUUGCAAUCGGUGAAUUUAUCAGUUAAUUCUAUGUAUGUUCCUGACUUUUUUUCAAUGCGCUACUUAAACUUUGGAGCUGCAGUGAGUGAGGUGGAGGUUGACCUUCUCACUGGAAAAACCACAGUUUUGCGUGCAGAUAUUAUCUAUGAUUGUGGACAGAGCCUCAACCCUGCUGUGGAUUUGGGACAGGUUGAAGGAGCCUUUGUUCAAGGAAUUGGAUUUUUUAUGUCAGAAGAAUACCUGACAAAUCCUGAUGGACUAGUGAUCACUGACAGCACAUGGACUUACAAAAUUCCUACAAUUGACACCAUACCAAAACAGUUCAACGUUGAAAUUUUGAACUCCGGACAUCAUAAAAAACGCAUUCUCUCUUCAAAAGCUUCAGGAGAACCACCACUGCUUCUAGCUGCAUCAGUUCAUUGUGCAACACGAGCGGCUAUUAAAGAGGCAAGGAAACAGAUACGUACAUGGCGCCAUCAAGAUGAGUGUGAUUACGCAUUACAGCUAGAGGUUCCUGCUACCAUGCCUGUUGUUAAAGAGCUCUGCGGGCUGGACUGUGUAGAAAGUUACCUGAAAUGGAUCAAUGAAUCGAGAAGCACUGUGAGCUGACCAGAACCUUGCCCUCCCAAAACAGUUAACACAGGUCAUCCCAAUUUACUCAUAAUAAUGCAUGUGCUGUGGAAACAAGAUCAGUCUAUGAUGUGACGCAUUUCCUCGGUUUAUGUGCAGCAUAGAAAUUAAGUAGAAAUAUAAAGAUCAUGGGUUGUUGGGGAAAAAUAAAAUCAUCAUCUUACCAUGUUUCAACAGGAUCGAUUAGUGAGGGCUAUCGGUGAUGACUGUGGACUGCGAAUCCGAGUAACAAUGUUUCUAUUUCUUUAUAUCGCCUUUUCUGGCAGUAGAGGCAGAGAGAUGGGUGUGCCAGAAAGGUUGUUAGAAUGGAUAACUGAUGUUCCAGAGAAAGAGGAUCUUGAAAUGUCAUGGGGCGCAGCCAAUCGACAUGAUAUGAUUUGAGGGCGGGCCUAUGCACAAGCCGACAAGCAGGACAGUCUUAUAAUGAAUAUUACAAUGUAGAAUUUAGAUCUUUGCUUAAAUUCAGUGUUUUCUUAUGUGACAUCCUUGUUGAGGGCCUCGUUUUCUCCUUGUUUGUUGCUGUUAAUCUCAAAUUUUACAAGAUGCCAUUUGAGCCAUUUCACUAAAGAUUACCAUAUACUUUGUAUUUUUUUUGUUA